AUAUAUAUAUAUUGUUGUAUAUAUGCGCAUUCCCUCUUACUAACUAAUACCUCUGCAAAAGCUGUUCACUCAGACACGACAAUCUCUUUCUCUCUCUUCUUUCUCUCUCUCAUCUUUCUCUCUCUAACCCUCCAUAAUAAAAACCCUGUAAAACCUCCAUAACUCAAAACCCACAUUUUCAGUUUUUCUCUAUAUGGCGACGGGCACAAGUGAGAGGAAGGGUACGAGGACGAGCCAGGUGGUGGGGGCGCCGCCGCCGGAGCCGGAGCACCUCCCCUGCCCGAGGUGCGACUCCACCAACACCAAGUUCUGCUACUACAACAACUACAACUUCUCGCAGCCACGCCACUUCUGCAAGUCGUGCCGGCGCUACUGGACCCACGGCGGCACGCUCCGCGACAUCCCCGUCGGAGGCGGCAGCCGCAAGAACGCCAAGCGGUCCCGCACCACCGCCAUUUCCGGCGGCGCCUCCUCCACCGACGGGUCCUCCGUCUUUUCUUCGCCCCAUCACGACUUCCGCGGAUUCCCCGCCGCCGCAGCUUCUCAGCUACUGGCGCCUUUCGGGGCCGAUCACGGCGGCGCCGGUGAUGCGAAGAUGUGUGGGAGUUUUACUUCAUUGCUGAGUACACAGGGGCCCGGACUUUGGGCUUUGGGUGGGUUUGGUAUCGGAAUUGGGCCUGGGCUUGAUGACGUGGGCUUUGGGCUGGGAAGGACCGUUUGGUCAUUUCCAGGGGUUGCUGAGGGUGGGCCCGCGAGUGGGAACACGUGGCAGAUGGAGAGUGGAGAAGCCGGGUUUGUGGGUGGGGACUCUUUUACCUGGCCAGAUCUUGCUAUUUCCACACCCGGAGGAAGUUUUAUGAAAUGAAAACGUAUUAAUUAGUGCUUAAUUUUGUAUCUUUGUAAUGUAAUCUUGGAGAUCAAAUUAGCAAAAUGUAGCAGGCAUUAAACAAACCUCUUUAAUUAACAGUAUUAUGGGUCUUUUAUGUCUUAA